ACCGGAAUAAGGUCAGCACACUUUAUAAAUGUCCACAUUCACUGCCCAGUCUCUAACUCUAUCAUGGAGUGGACAGUUGGAGGUCUCCUAGUGCUGUCCUGUCUCUUGGGCUCCUAUGCACAACCACUAUGCACUUUGAUUACUCCUGGAAUCAUACGUUCUGACACUGAAGAAACUAUUGUACUUGAUGGACAUGGCUCCGGAUUUGAGGCCGAUAUCAGAGUCCAGGAUUUUCCACUGAAGACACGCUUGUUUGCUCAGGGCAAGAUCUCUGUCAAUAGUAAAAAUAGCUUCUUGGGAACGACUACCAUAAAUGUUAAAUCACAGGACCUUCUGAAUGAACCAAAGAAAAAAUAUUAUGUAUCUGUCCAAGUGUUUUCAUCACAGUGUAACUUGGAGAAAGUAGUUCUUGUGUCUUUUCAUAGCGGAUACAUCGUCAUUCAGAUGGACAAAACUAUUUACACCCCAGGAUCUAAAGCUCUCUACCGUAUUUACCCAAUGAACUACAAGAUGCAGCCAAAAAAACAGACAGUAAUGUAUGAGAUUAAGAACCCAUAUGGGAUGAUUACAGCACAAGGGAAUUGGUUCCCUGAUAAAUUUGGCAUCAUCUCUAAGAAUUAUGAACUGUCUGACCUAGCAAUGCUUGGCACCUGGACCAUCACAGCACAAUAUGACAACUCCCAAGAAGAAUUCUCUGCAAAAUUUGAUGUGAAAGAAUAUGUAUUACCAAAUUUUGAAGUUACCAUAACAGCGGAGAAAAAAUUCAUGCACAUAGAUGAUAAAAGUUUUUCAGUAACAAUUUCAAGUCAGUACAUUUAUAAGAAACCAGUUAACGGUCAAGCCUUUGUUAUUUUUGGCCUAAAGAAGGACAAUCAAAAGAGAAGUAUCACAGACUCACUGAGAACAAUUCAGAUUUCUGAUGGAAUAGGGGAAGAAGUAAAACUUCUAAGAGGAGACCUAAUAAAGUCUGUCAAGAAAGUAGACGAUUUGCUAGAGUACAAGCUCUACGUUUCGGUGACAGUCAUCACUGACUUAGGCACAGACUUUGUAGAAGCGGAGUUGGAUGACAUUCACAUUGUGAAAUCUCCAUAUAAAAUGAUCUUUAGCAGAACAUCCAAGUAUUUUAAGCCUGGAAUGCCACUUGAUCUUGAGCUCAUGGUAAACAACCCAGAUGGUUCUCCUGCAAGAAACAUCAUAGUGGUGGCAAACCAAAAAGACCGAGGUAUAACUAAUCAAGAUGGAGUGGUGAGACUGAGAAUGAACAUGGCCGCAAAUAUAAACUCUUUAAAAAUAUCCGUGAGAACAGAUGUGCCCGGGUUAGCAGACAACAUGCAGGCAUCUGGAGAAACAACAGUGGUGGCCUAUAAACCAUUACGUGGACAAGGCAACUAUCUUCACAUUGAAGUCCCAACUAAUGUCCUGAAACCCAAUACACAAAUUUUUAUAAAUUUUAAUAUCUUGAAUACAAAUGUUGCAGUCCAGAAUCAGAUCAACCAUUUCACCUACUUGACACUAAGCAAAGGCCGAAUAAUGAAAGUGGGCAAGUAUAGUCGCCUGGCUGGCCAGAACCUGGUCAGCGUGCCACUGCUUAUCACUGAGGACUUGAUGCCAUCAUUCCGUAUUGUUGCAUAUUACACUGUUAACAGAGAGAUAGUCUCUGACUCCCUGUGGUUGCACAUGGUGGAAGAUUGUAUGGGAACGCUGACCCUGCAGGCCGACAGAGACACUGCAAAACCUCAAGAUCUAGUAAAACUGACUUUAAAAGCAAAUUAUAAUUCCACCGUUGGACUGGUGGCAGUCGAUAAAGGUGUCUUUACAGUAAACAGCAAGUAUAAACUGAUUCAAAGAAAGGUAUGGGAAAUCGUGGAUAAAUCUGACCUUGGAUGUGGUCCAGGAAGUGGUGCUGACAAUAUGGAAGUAUUUUACGAUGCUGGACUGGCUGUACAGACAAAUUUUGGAAUGACCACUAAAGAGAGAUCUGAUCCAUCAUGUAUGGACACUAAGAGACGCAAAAGAAGCACGUCAGCUGCGUUGAUGGAACACAAAACUCAGAAGGCCUCCAAUUACACAGAUCUGGAGAAGAAAUGCUGCCAUGAUGGCAUGAUUAGCAACCCAAUGGGCCACAGCUGUGAGCGGCGCGCUCGCCUCAUUCAAGAAGGAGAAAAGUGUGUGGAAGCUUUCCUGGACUGCUGCAGAUACAUUGAAAUGAAGCUGAAGGCUGAGAGGAUACUGAAAGAAACUGAUACUUACGACAGAAGUGAUAAGGAAAAUGAGUAUUUGCCGGAUGCUGAUAUUUUGGUUAGGAGUGACUUUCCAGAAAGUUGGUACUGGAACGUUCUAAGAAUGGACGAAGCACCUAAUGCAGACAAUAUUUCUACAAAGCUCCUGACAAACUUUUUCCUGAAGGACUCCAUCACAACAUGGGAACUGCUGGCCGUGAGCCUAUCAGAGAAUAAAGGCAUGUGUGUGGCCAAACCUUAUGAAAUACAAGCCUUCAAGAACUUCUUUAUUGACCUUAGACUUCCAUAUUCUGUAGUGAGGAAUGAACAGGUUGAAAUUCGAGCCAUCAUCUACAAUUAUGAAUCAAAGAAACUAAAGGUGCGAGUGACGUUUGCUCACAACCCUGAGUUCUGCAGCCUUUCUACAGCCAGAAGGCAGCACACAGUGGAGGUGACGGUGGAUGAAAACUCAUCGACUGUAGUUCCGUUUGUCAUUGUACCGCUCUCUUUAGGGGAACAUUAUAUUCAGGUUAAAGCUUCAGUCUACGGAGAAUUAGCAGGCGAUGGUGUCAAGAGGAAAUUGAAAGUCGUGCCGGAAGGUGUUCGUAAGACGGAAAUUGUAUCCUCGGUAAUACUGGAGCCAGAAGCAAGAAGUGGAGAUCAUGUAGUAAAGGUGCCAUCACUUGCCAAUAAGAAAAUUGUUCCAGGUUCACCAACUACAAUUAUUGUCAAUGUACAAGGAAUACCGAUUGCACAAUUUCUUGAAGAUGCCAUAGACGGUGCCAGCAUAAGCCAUCUUAUCGUUACGCCAGGCGGUUGUUGCGAACAAACCAUGAUGAGUCUUACUCCAGUUGUUAUCGCCACAUAUUAUCUUGAUGCCACUAAUCAGUGGGACCGAAUAGGAGUCAAUCGCCGGGAGGACGCCAUUCAAAAGGUCAACAAAGGUUAUGUCCAUCAGCUCAAUUAUCGUAAAAGUGAUGGAUCUUUCGGAUCUUUCCCUGGAACAGACUCUGGCACAUGGCUCACCGCUUAUAUUCUCAAAGUUUUUGCUAUGGCUAAGAGUAUUACCAACAUUCGUGAUGAUAAACUGUGUGAGUCUGUGAAGUGGCUUGUUUUGACGAAGCAGAAGCCGGAUGGGAUGUUCACUGAGAAGAUUCCUAUUAGUAGUCAAUAUUCAAGGGGUGGUCUUGCGGGUUCGACAGAUGUUGAUGUUGCUGUGACGGCUUUUGUUGUUAUUAGUCUUUUGGAAAGUCAAAAACUCUGCGCCAGUUCUGUCAAUAAUCUGCAUGUCAGCAUUAAUAAAGCGGUGACCUACAUAGAGGAACACUAUAAAAAACUGAAGAAACCACAUUCAGUUGCAAUCACAUCAUAUGCCCUUGCUUUGGCUGGCAGACUAAAGGACCCACAGAAGCUUCUGUCUGUAGCAAAAGAUAAAACUUUCUGGGAUGAAGGAUCCAAGAUGGUAUCUAUAGAAGCCACGUCUUAUGCUCUCCUUGCUCUUUUGAAAAUGGAAACACAUGACGCUGUAGAUCCAGUGGUUCGUUGGCUUACCGAGCAGCAUCGCUAUGGUGAAAAAGUCGUUUCAACACAAGCCACGAUAAUGCUCUUUCAAGCUCUGGCCCAAUACAAUGUGGCUAAAGCUGAUAUAAAGAAGCUGAACAUGGAUGUUUCAUUCCACUUACCCGGAAGAAAAGACAAAACGGUACACCGUAUCGAUUUACAAAAUGCUCUGCGAUCUCGAUCAGAGGAGACCAAUAUAAAUGAAGGUUUUGCGGUCAAGGCAACGGGAAGUGGAAAAGCUACAUUAACGGUGAUGGCUGUUUACUAUGAGCUAGUGAGAGCGGAGGAACAAGAAUGCAAAGACUUUGAUCUGUCAGUCACUGUGAAUAAAGAAAUUCUUGCUGGACAUAAUGCUUUGGAGACAAUUUCUCUCAACAUCUGCUUCAGACACCGCAAACCUGUAGAUGCUACCAUGUCCAUCAUUGAUAUUUCCAUGAUGACCGGAUUCUCCCCAGAUGAAAAAGACCUAAACAAGCUUAAGAAUGGAGUGGACAAGUACAUCUCUUUAUUUGAGAUAAACAAAGGGGCAUUCGAUAAAGGAGCUCUAAUCAUCUACCUGCAGCAGGUCUCGCACAGUGAGGAACAAUGUCUGAAGGUUAAACUUAACAGAAAUUUAAAUGUGGGACUUGUCCAACCUGGAUCCAUCACAAUCUAUGACUAUUAUUCACCAGAAAGUCGCUGUCAAAAGUUCUACCACACCCAAGAAGAUAACAAGUUAUUUGGUCGCAUUUGUCUGGGAAAUGUGUGUCAAUGUGCUGAAGGCAACUGCUUGAUGAAACAAGAGACAACAGACAAAAACAGAGCUUUAGAUCGAAUGACUAAGGCCUGCAAAUCUGGAGUAGACUAUGUGUUCAAGGCGGUGGUUCUUAAGAUACAUUAUGAAAAGGACUUUGACACAUAUGAAAUGCACAUUAAAGAGGUCUUCAAGAGAGGAACGGAUGAAGAUGCCAAGGGCAAGCAACGGACCUUUAUCAGCCACAUUAAGUGUCGAGAAAAUUUGGGCUUGGAGACAGAAAAAGACUACAUUAUCUAUGGAUCCUUCCAUAAUGUAUUUCACACAGAGACAUCAGGCUACACCUAUGUCCUGGACAGUGAUUCUUGGCUCGAGUGGUGGCCAAAUGACAGAGAGUGCCAAAACCCUAAGCAUCAAGCCCUCUGUAAUGACUUUGCUGCAGUUGCUGAUGAACUUGAAGUUGUUGGAUGUCAAAGUUGAUCACAAACAGUCCAAAUCUUACUUCUUUAACUGAUGGGAUUUAUGUACUGUACCAUAUUAUUCACUAAUAAAGUAUUAUGUAUUCUGCA